GAUGAUGUUCGGUGCUCGUCGACGGAAUUCAUUGCGUGGGGACUACAGAGAGGCCCGCCGUUUUCGCAACCGACGUGAGUACAGUGCCUGGUGGGAUGCGGGUGAGGUGAACAACUGGCGGAUCAAUUCACGCCAUCCAAGUCGUCAUGGCACGGUCGAGUACUGGAGAUGCGCGUUCGCAGUGGGACGUUUCUUCACUUGUCCGAGUCGCAUCCGCGUCACUUUUGGCUUCGGUGACCGCUAUGUGAUUGUUGCCAGCGCCAGGAAUCAUCCACACAACCACAAUCGGCAAAACAACAAUGCUGCUGACAACAACCCAAAUACUGUGCGCCGCGUUCUUCCUAUGGAGGCAUCACAAAUGAUGACUGCUCGGAACGUUUAUAUUGGCCCGAGACCGAGUACUUCCGCUCCGAAUCAAACAUCAAGAAAGAGUCAAGCAACGCCACCUAGAGCAUCGGUCUCGACAAUGUCAGCGAACGCGAACGCUGCUACGCCAACGACUUCCAACUCUUCGGCAGUUCAGAAAGGAGCGGAUGCCCCAUCAACAUCGGCUGCUGCUUCUCGUCCACUGAAACCGCCAGGAUUUGCGCUUGCUGCUAGUGCAGCUCCAACCAAUCCAGCUCCAGCGGCUACUUCACAAACUUCUGCAACGACUCCGGGAACGCCUGUGCCUGCUCCAGCGCCCAGUUCUACUCCAGCGGCCAGUAAACCAGCUUCGGGAACGGCGACCACAUUGAAACCACCAGGAUUUGCGGUUGCUGCUGCUGCUUCAAAACCAACGCCCAGCCCUGCUCCAGCUGCCAGCCAACCGGCUUCGGGAACAAAGCCUGCUUCAACGCCCAUCCCUGCUCCAGCUGCCAGCCAACCGGCUUCUACCACUGAAAAACCUGCGCAACCUUCAGCGGCUCCCGGAACAACUGCUACAAAGCCUACUAUAGUGGCCGGUCACACCGUUCCUGGACAAGUACGUCCAUCUUCUGCCACAAUUAGCGGUCAAAUCAAUGCCAGCCUAACUGCUCCCAAUGCUUCAAUUCAAGCGGCUCUAGGACCGGCAUCUUCUCAGCCUAGCUCUGCACCUGCAACAGUAAGCGGCACGCAGAACAAAGAAGAAAAGAAGGAAGGCAAGAAGGAGGAGAAGAAGGAAGAAAAGAGAGGACCAGGCUGA